CGCUACUGCGAUUUCUUCAAACACUGUCGUGACAGGGCUUGGUGCCAAGGUUUGUGUUUUGACACCUUGAUGUGAAAUGUCAACAAGAAUUCUGGUCUUUGUUCCUGCAACAGAAACUUAAAGAAGAGUUAUCAGAGAGAAUGGCUGUUUCUCCAGUGAAUGUGCCCCAGGAUCUGUUGACAUUCGGGGAUGUGGCUGUGGACUUUUCCCAGGAGGAGUGGGAAUGUCUGGAGUCUGCUUCAAAGGCCUUGUACAUUGAUGUGAUGUUGGAGAAUUACCGCAAUCUAGUUUUUGUUGAGAAAUAUCAUAUGUAUGUGAAAAGUAUGAAAGAUUUGGAUCAAGGAUCAAAGCACAUUGUCUGUUACCCUGUGAAUAUCCAAGAGAAGUCUUAUGAAAAUUGCAUAAAGGACCAUAAAUUCUCCCAUUGUACAGCUUAUAAUACAAGUGAUCUUACAGAGAACGCCAACAAAUAUGAAUGUGAUAACUACAGGGGUAUCUCUAUUGAAUCAACAAACCUAAAGAAUCAUAAAUGUAGAAACACUGGAGAAGAAACGUACAAAUAUAAAGACUGUGGGAAAUGGUUAAACUUGUGUUCCAUCAUUUGUCAAAGAAUUCACACUAGAAAGGAACUACAGAAAAAUACAGACUAUGAUGAAUCAUUUGACUCUAAACAUACACUCAUGCUGAAACAGAUCUCUAGUGUAGGGAAAAUACACCAAUGUGGGAAGUACUUUAGAGCCUACUCCAGUCUCAGUAGACAUCAGAGAAUUCAUUCUGCAGAGAAAUCCUACAAAUGUAAAGAAUGUGGGAUGUGCUUUUAUUUCUUGUAUCAAGUUAAAAACCUUUGUAAAACCCAUAAUGGAGAGAGACCUUACAAAUACAGCGAAUAUGAAAAAUGUUUCAUCCAGAAAGACCAUCUUAGCAUACAUCCAAGAAUCCAUACAGGAGAGAAACCUUUCAAAUCUAGUGAUUGUGAGAAGUCCAUUGCACAUGUCUCCACUCUUGGACAUCAGAGAAUUCAUACAGGAGAAAAACCAUACAAAUGUGGUGAAUGUGAGAAAUCUUUUCCAUAUAUCUCGAGUCUUAGAAAGCAUCAGCGAAGUCAUACAGGAGAGAAACCUUACAAAUGUAGUAAAUGUGGAAAAUCCUUUACACAGGGUUCACACCUGAAACGACAUCAGACCAUUCAUAUAGGAGAGGAACUUAUCAAAUCUAGUGAUUGUGAGAAAUCCUUUGCAUAUAUUUCUACUCUUGGACAACAUCAGAGACUUCAUACAGGAGAGGAACUUAUCAAAUCUAGCGAUUGUGAGAAAUCCCUUGCAUAUGUCUCAACUCUUGGACAACAUCAGAGAAUUCAUACAGGAGAGAAACCAUAUAAAUGUGGUGAAUGUGAGAAAUCCUUUCCCUAUAUCUCGAGUCUUAAAAAGCAUCAGCGAAGUCAUACAGGAGAGAAACCUUACAGAUGUAGUAAAUGUGAGAAAUCCUUUACACAGGCUGUACACCUGAGACAACAUCAGACCGUUCAUACAGGAGAGAAACCUUACAAAUCUAACAAUUGUGAGAAAUCCUUUGCAUAUGUUUCUACUCUUGAACAACAUCAGAGAAUUCAUACAGGAGAGGAACUUAUCAAAUCUAGCGAUUGUGAGAAAUCCUUUGCAUAUAUUUCUACUCUUGGACAACAUCAGAGAAUUCAUACAGUAGAGAAAGUUUUCAAAUCUAGCAACUGUGAGAAAUCCAUUGUUUAUUUCUCUACUCUUGAACAUCACAGAAUUCAUACAGGAGAGAAACUUAUCAAAUCUAGCAAUUGUGAGAAAUCCAUUGUUUAUUUCUCUACUCUUGGACAUCAGAGAAUUCAUACAGGAGAGAAACUUAUCAAAUCUAGUGACUGUGAAAAAUCCUUUGCAUAUGUUUCUACUCUUGGACAACAUCAGAGAAUUCAUACAGGAGAAAAACCAUACAAAUGUAGUGAGUGUGAGAAAUCCUUUUCAUACAUCUCAAGUCUUAAAAAGCAUCAGCUAAGUCAUACAGGAGAGAAACCUUACAGAUGUAGUAAAUGUGAGAAAUCCUUUACACAGGCUGUACACCUGAGACAACAUCAGACCGUUCAUACAGGAGAGAAACCUUACAAAUGUAAUGAAUGUAAGAAAUCCUACACACAGGCUUCACAUCUUAAACGACAUCAGAUCAUUCAUAAAAGAGAGAAAAUUGUGAGUGCAGUAAAUGUGGCAAAGUAUCUCUCUUCUCUUACUUCUAAGAAUACUUAAGAAAAGUCAUACUGGGAAGAAGGUUUCCAUACUCAAUAUUGUAGCAUAUGCUUUAUUAAAAGCUCUGCUAGAGACCACUGAACCUCCAUACAAGAUCAACAUUAAGAGCAUGAGAAAUUUGUGGAAGCCUUUAUGUAAUGUGCAAAUCUUAUAGAGUUUAUACGGAGGAAAAAUUCUGAAAAUGUGAUAAUGUAGGAAAAUUUUCAAUAAACAUCUUUUUUCAAACUCAACAAUAGCAUAAGAAUGAAAAAUCAAAAAGCCCAAAACUGUGCUGUGGUAUGGGACAUUUUGAAGUCAAGAAACAAAAAUAAAGGCAUCCCAGUUAUUAGUAGCUGAUGUGUCUCUAUUGCUAAAGAUGGGUUGGUGGUCAAAGGCAAUGAUUCAUUUUUUUGUAUCCAAUUGUGCCCUCAACUACUUGACAUGAUUCAAUAAAGUCUGCUUAACAUUUGAAA